UGUUUCCAAAGGCAAAAUCUGAUAAAUCAAAGCAUGAUCUUUACCAAGACUAAAGGAAAAAUGGCGUUAGCCGGCCCAUUUUUCUGGACUAAGAUCCGGACCCAGAUCCCAAAUCACGGGUCGGGUAGCAAAAACCAUGGGCAUGCUGGUGGCUGCUCCACGAUCUCUGCUUCCCUGAUAGAACUUUCAAUCCCACAAAAAGACCUUCCUCUGGGGCGAGCUCCAAAACCCCAAAAGCUACGCCGCUGAAAUAACUUCUAUGGCGGCCUCUGGAACUUCAGUAUCCAAUUUAGACAACUUCAAAAAUCACUAUUGAGAGAGAGAGAGAGAGAGACGACAAUUUUCCCUGUUCAGCCUGAAGAGAACAGGGAAAGAGGAAGAAGGGGCCCUGCAUGUAUAACCUUCUUCUUCCUCAAUGAUCCUCUGUAUAAGAAGUUCAAAAUCUUUGGCUACUCUUUUUAUUACGCACCCUUUAUUCAGUCUACGCUUUACCUUUCCCUUCUCUACAUCUCUCCAUAACUGCCCAUCUGCCAUUGUCAACAGGGGAAUCACUGAAUUAAGAAUCCCAGAAACCCGUUUCAAAGAGCUCAUUUUUAACGCUAUUAGAGAUAAGCCCUUUGCGUUCUGUAACAGAAACUGGGUGUCUGAUCAAUUUCGAACCGUGGUAACUGACCCUGACUUGCUUGUAAAAAUCCUUAACAUGAUAAGAGAGAAACCUAGAAUCGCUUUCCGGUUCUUCCGAUGGAUCCAGUGGCAGUCAGAGGUUAAGCCUUCCGAGCUUGCUUUCCGUGCGGUGCUUGAAAUCCUAGUGGAAAACAAUUUGAUGAGGUCGGCUUAUUGGGUCAUGGAGAGAGUGGUUUUAGCCGAUAUGGGCGGAAUUGCUGAUGUCCUGAUUGGUAAGCAUUUGAAUUCGGAUGUUUCCACUAAGCUCCUGGAUCUCUUGUUAUGGAUUUAUACCAAGAAAUCAAUGUUAGAACAGUGUUUGUCCGUUUUUUAUACGAUGUUGAGGAAUGGCUUCUUGCCUAAUGUGAAGAACUGCAAUAGGAUUCUUAGGAUGCUUAGAGAUAAAAAUCUCGUAGAGAAAGCUAGGGAGGUUUACAGAGUAAUGGAAGAGUAUGGGAUUAAGCCCACCAUUGUUACCUAUAACACAAUGCUGGAUUCUUUUUGCAAAGAAGGGGAAGUACGGGAAGCGCUAGAUUUAAUGUUAGAGAUGCAGAGAAGAGGGUGUCUUCCAAGUGAUGUAACCUAUAAUAUUCUGAUCAAUGGAUUGUCAAAGAAAGGGAAACUAGAGGAGGCCAGGGGACUUAUUGAUGAAAUGAUAAGAUCAGGAGUAACAGUUUCGUCUCACACUUACGACCCAUUGAUAUAUGGGUACUACAAACGAGGGUUGUUUGCUGAGGCUUUAGGCCUUGUGGAAGAGAUGGUAAUUAGAGGUGCCUCUCCUACAGUGGCAACAUUUAAUACUUCUAUUUAUGUACUCUGUAUGUGGGGAAAGAUGAGUGAUGCUAGGCAGCAGUUUUCUGAUAUGCUGAAGAAGAAUCUGAAACCGGAUGUUGUGUCAUACAAUACUCUAAUAUAUGGGUACUGUAGGUUGGGGAAAAUGGGGGAGGCUUUUCUCUUGUUUGAUGAGUUAAGGUUCAUGAAUAUAGUUCCAACCAUUGUCACCUACAACACCCUCAUUGACGGUCUUUGCAGAUUAAGGGAUUUGGAGGUUUGUCUACAGCUCAAAGAAUUUAUGAUCAAUCAGGGGAUUCUCCCAGAUGUUGUUACCUAUACAAUUCUAAUAAAUGGAUCAUGCAAGAUGGGGAAUCUGUCACUGGCAAAGGAAUUUUUCAAUGAAAUGUUGAAUAAAGGGCUGGAGCCAGAUAACUAUGCAUAUACUACAAGAAUAGUGGGUGAACUGAAGUUUGGGGACCCAACCAGGGCAUUUAGUUUGCAAGAAGAAAUGCAAGCUAAGGGAUUCCCACCAGAUAUUAUCACAUAUAAUGUUCUCAUACAUGGACUUUGUAAAUUGGGGAAUUUGGAAGAAGCUAGUGAGUUGUUGCAGAAGAUGGUCAGAGAUGGUCUUGUUCCAGAUCACAUAACAUAUACUAGCAUCAUCCAUGCUUACGUGAACAAGGGCCUUCUUAGGAAAGCCAGAGAUAUAUUCAAUGACAUGCUGAGCAAAGGCUUGUGUCCUUCAGUGGUGACUUACACUGUGUUGGUUCAUGCACAUGCAGGUAGCGGGAGGCUAGAACUGGCCUUUAUGUAUUUUUCAGAGAUGAAGGAGAAGGGUGUUCUACCAAAUGUUAUCACCUAUAAUGCCUUGAUAAAUGGCUUCUGCAAAGCCAGGAAAAUGAAUCAGGGUUACAAAUUUCUUGCUGAGAUGGAAGAAAAAGGAAUACUACCUAAUAAGUAUACCUACACUAUAUUGAUAAACGAGAACUGUGAAAUUGGCAAUUGGCAAGAGGCUCUGAGAUUGUACAAAGAAAUGCUAGAUUUGAAAAUUCAGCCUGAUUCUUGUACAUACAGUGCUCUGUUCAAGCAAUUAGACAAAGACCAUAAGUUGCAUGCAGCUCAGUGUCUUGAAAAUCUACUUGUGGGUAUUGAAGAAGCUGUGGAGAGAUGACUUGAUUAGAGCCUCUACAAGAAGGUUUUUUAGAUGAUCCAUGAGACACUGGCAUACUUGUUUCUUGAAGGAAUCAUCUUUACCAGUUGUAAAUGUGCUCCGAAAACCAUUUUGUAACUUUCCCUGUAAUGAACGAAUUGCAGGAUAGAGUAGCCAAUGUGUCGUAUUGGUGAAAUGAAAGGUCACAAGCCUAUCUUUAUCCCUUUUGGAUGCACCCUAAGUUAUACUUGAGACAAGUUCUUGGAUCUGGCUAAUACAUGUGUACGAGUCCAGACCAGACUGUGAAAUAAACAACAGGGAAAAAAAAGGCUAUGGAUACUAAAAGGAUGCGCAUCCAUUUACAAGAGAAACUUUACAUACUACCAAAAGAAAGCAAAAGUGUCUAAAAGGUUCCCUGGAUUCUCUCAAGAUCUAAGAAGACGAUCAUUAAACAAACUAUCAAAGGUCUACUAGCAGAAGGCAAUAUACUUCCAUAAAGAACCAUCUUGUUCCAUUCUUUCCUGUCCACCCAAAUGAUGGCUAUAAGAAUAAGAGAAAUGACCUCUUCCUGGCUUUGCUGGCCUUAAUAUCUGUUGUCCGUAUUAUGUUCUCGUAGGUCUAAAAGAAUUAAACAGAACCACAUUUGAAUAACCUAGGUUUGGAAGUGAAAACAACAAACAUGAUUAUGUAGAUUUAGUUUCCAUCUUUGUUAUUCUCAGUUCAUCUUAGUUUUUGAAUUACUGUGUCAAUUAGAAGCCUUCAAAAAUAAACUAAUGCUCUCCAUCUAGACUGCGGAGGCAUGAGAAUACUAGACCGAAUUCUUAAUAGCUGCAUAUUGCUUCUCUCUUGUCCAAAGAAAAGGCUGCAUAUCAUAGGUACUGUCCUUACAGCUUUGCAAUUCCUCACUGAGUUCUUCUCUUGGAUGAGCUUGUAUUAUCUGUCUUCUCUUCUCCUCUUUCCUUUCAUCUUAUUUCUCUCUCCCCUUUUCUCGGUGGGGGAGGAUUGAAACAAGACGAUGGAUCAUCUUUAUUUUACCUCUUCAACCCUCUCGCUUCUAAUUCAUAAAUUUCUGCCUUAGGGCUAGCAAUUUUUAGACUCGAACACAGAAUUACUCGGAAAAAAUCAUAUACAACAUGAUCACAAUGCAGUAACAACCUGUUUGACAUUCCCACCAAACAUAGGACGAUGCACUUGUAUUUCUAGAGCUUUUAUCUUUUUUAUCUUGAAUUAAAAGUCGUAAAGAAAAAGUAGUAUAUAGCUUGCAUUGGCAGUACCUGAAAAAUGAUUGUCGAGGAAAAGGGAGCCUUUUAGU